AUGAGUCGCGCGAAAACAACGGCGACGAUCGGAAUCGUCUCCUCCAAAUGCUCAAAACCGCCCAGGUUCGUCCCUCCCCGGCAGCGCUAUUUCGCAGUCCGUUACACACCUGAAAACACGCCCACACUGCGUGCAAAGAGAUUUUCCAAUGACAGCCACAUCAAUCUGUACGCCCUCCGGCCCAAAAUCGAAUAUAUGUGGGCGAUGCGAGAGAAGGGUUGUCUUUGGUGGUCUGCUUCAACCCACGGAGACAUCACAUCGGAGAGGAGUGUUAUACGGUCAUGGUGCGCGAGACGGGUGAGGACCGCAUUUAGAGACGCAUUGAAGGAGCGCGGGUACGACAAGACUGGGCGAAGGAUACAGGCUAUCAAACAACAUGAGCAACAGAUACAAGAUGGGCGGCCGCUGUCGCAAUUAGAAGCCUUGAAAGGGACUUUGGAGAUUAACUUCCGACUUGCUGUCAAAGCCGCAGAAUACACGGAUAUCGUACGGGAAGCGGGGAUCCUCAUUGACGGGAUUGAAGCCUACCUCCAGAAGAUCGGUGGAAGCGAGGGAAAUGCGAAGAAUCCUGGCGAUGUUGCCGAGCGUAGCAAAGAUGGCAUGUCUCCAUCAUAG